AGGCCCGGCUUUGACGGACCCGCAGCGCACACACACAGACAGCUUUUCCUCGGCCUUCGGAAGAAGACCUGUCCUUUAUCUAUCGAAUCAUCCAUUCAAUUCAUUCAUUAUACAUCGACGCCUCUCUUAUAGAGCAGGCGCUAGUAGCACACGAUCCUUCGCCCAGAGACGAAGCAGCAAGGGGAGAGCAGAAGCGAGCAGGACCUAGAGGACCGACUGUGGCCGGGCGUGGCCGUGGCCCAGAGGUUGUUCAUAUUUAAGCGGCGAGUAGAGAAGGAGACGCCGUCACUUGGACGAGUGAUCGGAGCUGUAGUUGAGCAUCAUUUCGAUCCGUGGAAAUUGCCAGUGUAGGAGUGUGUGUCUCGUCGCCAGGACAGUGGCUCGGGCUCCGGGUUCCGAAAUGAGGGCACAGUCACAGUGAAGGGAGGACUCGCUCGUCUCGCCAUAGAGGCAUUGGCAUCGUUUCAAUGUGUGCCGACGAAAACAGCCGAAAAUUCCCAUCACACUAAUCCGCCCGGAGAACCACAUGAAUUUGGUAGCUGAAGUCACCUCAUCGAGGGGUCGAAUAAUCUCUCCUAAAACAAGGCUUAAAAUCCUAGCUUGAGGUUUGUCGAGUUCCCUUCCCGUCGGGCCGGAACAGCUCGACUAGUCGAGAUUACUGGCCUUCGCGGAGGAGUGUGUUCUCUCGAACAUUGCCCUGCAUCAAGAUUACAAUUGAGGUCGAAACCCUGAGGUCAUCGGCUGCGAACGAGCUCAGCCACAGGGACGUCGUAGAACUGGGCUGCUGACCGACACACGCCCCAGUGAAACUCUCGAGUAUCGUUUAGUACCACCGCAUGUCACCUGACAACACAGAACUGUCCGGGGCGCUCUAAAGUCUGCAUCAACUGUCGAAUAAUUGCACAAUUGCCAAAUCUCGGGCACGAGCUCAGAGGCUUUGCGAAUUGAAAGGACGGCGUGCGUGCCCAGCCCAGCGAAGAAACGAUGGUGGCGCUGUUCGGAGGCAGCCCGAGCUUCAGCACGGGGAAAAUGCGCGGCGGCGGUGGUGGAGGCGAGAUGUACCGGCUGGUGUCGUCCGUGGCAUCGGAGGCCAUGGGGAUUGGAAAGAGCUCCGAAGUGCUGACAGUCCUGGGAGGCAAGGCGUCGUGCCGCCGGAAGUUCGUGCUCAACCUGCAUUUGGUGGACGAGUACGGAAGCUUGGUGUCGCGGGACCUCAGCAUUGUGGCCUCUGUGGCAUACGCGCACGACCAGAGUCCAGUUGUCCGCGACGAGAAGCCGUUCCUGGCCGAACCUCCACUCUUCUCGACCUUCAAUGGGGUGGAGUUCCCGGCGCAGGAUCGGCCGACUCGCAUGGUCUCGGGCCGAGCAUCUUUCAAGCUCGCAAUUUCGCUGCUCUCGUCCAAGUGCGACAACCGACUCUUCUGCAUCUGCUUCACGCCGCAGGCCUCCCAGAGCGAUGCGGCUCCCCUCUGCGCCCCGUGCUACUCCAAACCCAUCCGAAGCAUUUCCCGCAAGAGAACGCAAUCCGCCCAAGCCUCUCCGGCGCCGCCCCUCCUCCUCCUCGCAGGCUUGGACGCCGCCCCUUCCUCGUCCGCGCGAUUCAUGCUCAACACCACCGCCAAGGCCGGAGGCUCCGUCGAGUCCGAUGGGCCCAAGUACGCAUCCCCUGAAACGAGCAACGAGAACGACGCCGCCGACGGGCCUGCGUCGCCCGGCGCUCGCCACCAUCUUCACGGCUGCUCGCGCUCGAGUUCUGUCACGAGCAUGCACUACCUCUCGCCUCCGUCUGCGGGCGCGAUGGCCCUGGACGACUACGGGGGAAAUCGGCGCAGGCCCACUGCGGACAGUGGCGGUGCGGCGGUGCUGGUUCUGCAUGAAUCCCUGUCCGGGCACAGCAAGGCUGGCAAUCUUGGGAAUCUGUCGGCGAGCGGAGCUGCGGACAGGUUCGGCGACACGGAUCCGAGCGGAAGCUCGAGCGGCAACAUGGCAUCGAUGUCUCGGAGUCCGGCUUCCUCGAGUCCUGUCAUGAAUAUGAACGACCCCAACAACGCCGUUCCCUGCUCCUUGUCGCUGCGGUUGUCGCCUUCGGAUUCUGGGAGCCCGACGUCGGGUGCGCUCACAUCCGAGAGCAGCUUCGAUAACAAAGACCCCGCCGUGAGGCCCAAGUCUUCAUCCUUGGCUGCCGGGAGCUCGCGGCCUUUCAGUGCGCCCUCCGUGCCCGUGGGCUGCACUGGCGCUCGACCUUUUCGUCCUUACGCUUCCGUGGGAGCAUGCAAGGUUCCCAUGGCUGAUUUUCAGCUCGGAACGGGAAUUUCGCUUGCCAGCGCUCCGCAAUCGGCUGCGACUUACAGCACCCGACAAUCGACUGCGUCGCUGAACGAGGCGGGCCACUCAAGUGCUGCAGCAUCGACGCACAAUCUUUUAGAAAGAGUUCAACAAUUACGGGCCGUCUCGCCGGGUAAUUCCGGGGGCAAAGGCGACCAGAUUCUGCACAACUUUUCCCUAGGCUCGUGCAACGGCGAUGACAAGUUUCCCUCUGCUUUGACGGAAAUUUCUCUGGAGGAGGAAGAGAAAUCUUUGCAGUACAUUGAGGUUAGCCUUCAGGAAGUGAGCAGAGACGUGCAGAGGAGGAAGGAAGAGCUGCGCUCGAAGCGUAGGAGGCUGAUGGAGGACGAGGCUCGCAUGCACUCGAUCAUUUUCCAAUCGUCUUCCUGGAUUGAGAGUCUCAGUGGCAGAUUCAGUCUGUGAAUUUCCUAGCUCAACAUUCUUCGGUUCGAAUCCGUCCCCGGCGACCAUAUAUUGUUUGGCAUGCAGUGUUCUUCUCUUUGGCCUCACGUCAAGGAACUUUCAUCACAAAGCUAGAUUCAAUCUGAGCUGCUUCUGAGCUGGGAUCAGGAACGGUGCUUCGAGCAUGUUCAUUCUUCACCAAAUUCAACGACACCUCUGCGAAUCAUGAUCAGGUAAAGGUUUUUUAGCGACUUCAAAUGCCUCCAAAAGCUGCUCGGAUCGAGUAGGCUUUCACUUUCGCAGUGAUCUGUAGAUUCUUCAUCUGUGCCCUGUUCGAACGAAAUUGAAUGACAUUCUGCUGGCCUCAUGGCCUGAAAUUUUCUCACUCAAGAUCGCUUUGAACAAUUCAUCCAUGAAAGUUCAUCGGUUUAUGGGAAACAUUAUUAGAGUAAGCCCUUCUUAGCUUAGAUCCUGGCCCGCAGGAAAAUGUAGUCACUCGGUGUUCCCAAGUCGGAACAUUUGCAAACUUUGAUUACCUCACAUUAAUGAGGUCCUACUCGACCAUUCAGGUAGAACUUCUCCCCGGUCAAGAGAAACCGAUUUUUCGGAUCAUGUUUUAAUUUAUUUCUCCCAAAAGCUUGACAUUGUGU